CCGGGGGGUGGGCGGGGGGCGCGGACUGCGGUAGAAUACGAGCCGGGCUCCUCCGGGACUGCGAGACAAAGCUCGAGCGCGGUCAGGUGCCGCUCGCCCGCCGCUCGCCGCUCCACUAACUUGUCUCUUGCUGGUGUCUGGUCUCCAAGGCUCUCAGCGCUUUGGGGUGGUGAGGGGCGGGGGGAGUGGGGAGUUAGAGGGUCUGCGGUAGCCGAAGGGGGGAGCCUGCCUGGUGCCGCUCUUCUUCCCUUCCCUAUUGCUCCCCUCCCCCCACCCCGUCGCUGCCGCUUUCCCUUCCUCCAAUUCGGAGAGCGUCGGGCGCCUGUGACAUGCGAUCGCUGCCAAGUGACGGACCCCGAGUCUGAAGUGCCCGCGAGGAAGUGAGCGCCAACGCGGGCCGCCGGCGAUGACAGCCAUGAAACCGGAGCAGCAGCCCACCCCGGGGGCUAGGGCGAGUCAGGCUCAGUCGGCGGACCAGGAACUGGGAAGUAACAGCCCUCCACAGAGAAACUGGAAGGGAAUUGCUAUUGCCCUGCUGGUGAUUUUAGUUGUAUGCUCACUCAUCACUAUGUCAGUCAUCCUCUUAACCCCAGAUGAACUCACAAAUUCAUCAGAAACCAGAUUGUCUUUAGAAGACCUCUUCAGGAAAGAAUUUGUGCUUCAUGAUCUAGAAGCUCGAUGGAUCAAUGAUACAGAUGUGGUGUAUAAAAGCGAGAAUGGACAUGUCAUUAAACUGAAUAUAGAAACAAAUACUACCACAUUAUUAUUGGAAAACACAACUUUUGUAACCUUCAAAGCAUCAAGACAUUCAGUUUCACCAGAUUUAAAAUGUGUUCUUCUGGCAUAUGAUGUCAAACAGAUUUUUCAUUAUUCGUAUACUGCUUCAUAUGUGAUUUACAAUAUACACACUAGGGAAGUUUGGGAGUUAAAUCCUCCAGAAGUAGAGGACUCCAUCUUGCAGUACGCGGCCUGGGGCGUCCAAGGGCAGCAGCUGAUUUAUAUUUUUGAAAAUAAUAUCUACUAUCAACCUGAUAUAAAGAGUAGUUCAUUGCGACUGACAUCUUCUGGAAAAGAAGGAAUUAUUUUUAAUGGAAUUGCUGACUGGUUGUAUGAAGAGGAACUUCUGCAUUCUCACAUCGCCCACUGGUGGUCACCAGAUGGAGAAAGGCUUGCCUUCCUGAUGAUAAAUGAUUCCUUGGUGCCUAACAUGGUUAUCCCCCGGUUUACUGGAGCUUUGUAUCCCAAAGGAAAGAAGUAUCCAUACCCUAAGGCAGGUCAAGUGAACCCAACAAUCAAAUUAUAUGUUGUAAACCUAUAUGGACCAACUCAUACUUUGGAACUCAUGCCACCUGAUAACUUUAAAUCAAGAGAAUACUAUAUCACUAUGGUUAAAUGGGUAAGCAAUACCAAGACGGUGGUCAGAUGGUUAAAUCGACCUCAGAACAUCUCCAUCCUCACAGUCUGUGAGACCACUACUGGUGCUUGUAGUAGAAAAUAUGAGAUGACAUCAGAUACAUGGCUAUCUAAACAGAAUGAGGAGCCCGUGUUUUCUAGAGAUGGCAGCAAAUUCUUUAUGACAGUUCCUGUUAAGCAAGGGGGCCGUGGAGAAUAUAACCACAUAGCUAUGUUCCUCGUCCAGAGUAAAAGUGAGCAAAUUACUGUGCGGCAUCUGACAUCAGGAAACUGGGAAGUGAUAAAGAUCCUGGCGUACGAUGAAACGACGCAAAAAAUUUACUUUCUGAGCACCGAGUCGUCUCCCAGAGGGAGGCAGCUGUACAGUGCUUCUACUGAAGGAUUAUUGAAUCGUCAGUGCAUUUCAUGUAACUUUAUGAAAGAACAAUGUACAUAUUUUGGUGCCAGUUUUAGUCCCAUGAAUCAACAUUUCUUAUUACUCUGUAAAGGUCCAGGGGUUCCAGUGGUCAGCCUACAUGACACGGACAACCCAGCAAAAUAUUUUAUAUUGGAAAGCAAUUCUAUGCUGAAGGAAGCUAUCCUGAAGAAGAAGAGAGUAAAGUCAGAAAUUAAAACGCUUCAUAUUGAUGACUAUGAACUUCCUUUACAGUUGUCCUUUCCCAAAGAUUUUACGGACCGAAACCAGUAUGCUCUUCUGUUAAUAAUGGAUGAAGAGCCAGGAGGCCAGCUGGUUACAGAUAAGUUCCAUUUUGACUGGGAUUCAGUACUUGUUGGCACGGGUAACGUCAUCACAGCACGGUUUGAUGGCAGAGGAAGUGGAUUCCAGGGCCUGAAAAUUUUGCAGGAGAUUCAUCGAAGGUUAGGCUCAGUGGAAAUAAAGGACCAAAUAGCAGCAGUGAAAUUUUUACUGAAACAGCCAUACAUUGACUCCAGAAGAUUAAGCAUUUUUGGAAAGGGGUAUGGUGGCUAUAUUGCAUCAAUGAUAUUAAAAUCAGAUGAAAACCUUUUUAAAUGUGGAUCAGUGAUUGCACCCAUUAUAGACUUGAAGUUGUAUGCCUCAGCUUUCUCUGAAAGAUAUCUUGGUAUGCCAUCUAAAGAAGAAAGCACAUACCAGGCUUCCAGUGUGCUCCAUAAUAUUCAUGGCUUAAAAGAAGAAAAUAUAUUAAUAAUUCAUGGGACUGCUGACACAAAAGUUCAUUUCCAGCAUUCAGCAGAAUUAAUCAAACACCUAAUAAAAGCUGGAGUGAAUUAUACUAUGCAGGUCUACCCAGAUGAAGGCCAUGACGUAUCUGAGAAGAGCAAAUAUCAUCUCUACAGCACAAUCCUCAGAUUCUUCAGUGAUUGUUUAAAGGAAGAAAUACCCAUAUUACCACAGGAACCAGAAGAAGAUGAAUAAAGGACCCUAUUUAUAUAGAACUGAAGGGGAUAUUGAGGCUCAAUGAAACCUAACCAAGAGACUGUAAUAUUGUAGAUGCUCCAGAAUUUCAAGGGCAGCUUAAGGAGAUGAUGCUGGAACAGCACACUCAGAGACAAUGAACUAGAAUUUGAAUACAGAAGUCCAUGUCUACUGUGUUACCAAGGGUGCAGAACCUGUUUCUUUGUGUAAGAAAGGUCAAAGGGUUGGUUUCCUGGGAGAAAUUAGUUUUGCAUUAAAGUAGGAGUAGUGCAUGUUUUCUUCUGUUAUCCCCCUAUUGGUUCUGUAAUUAGUUGCUCUCAUUUUAAUUUCAGUGGCCACCGUCAUCUUUGCAUAUAAUGCACAACUUAUCAGUACUACAGUCCCCGAUCUUUGAUGUCUGAGCUGCAAUCUAACACUUUACUGUACCUUUAAAAUAAGUGCAAUUCCUUCAUUGUCUAUUAUUAUGCUUAAGAUUCAGUUAAUAAAAACCAGAGUAUUUUA